UUGUGGGAGCCAGCGUGAUUACCCCCACCAGCCCCCCUCCUCCGUUCCUCGUGCUCUCCGCCUGUCUCUCUCCAAGCUUCCGCUCUUUCUUCAUUCGUUGGCCCCUCCCCUCUCCCUCCGGUGUCCUUGUUCUCGGUGUCCUCUUUGCAUUGGAUCUGGUUCCUCCAUAUCAGUUCGUUCGGGUGCAUGGCAAAUUUUGAUCUGAUGCAUGUUUGAAGGCUCCACCCUCUUGGCAUCAAAGGCCUCUCUCCCAAGAUGGUUCUCUUGCAUCUGGGAGCUCACCGAGCAACCAUGGUGCCACCAGACUGUCGCCGUUCUGCGGGGCCAAAGCCGCGCAGCUGCGUCCGUCGGUCGUUCUCGACAGAGGGCCACGAGCAGAGCCCUGUCACGGGAAGUCGGAUGGCUCCACCGUGGUCUGGCCGGUGGUGCCGCCCGGACUCCUCACUUCCUGGCAAGUCGGAUGGCACCGUGGUUAAUCAUCUUGAUUCGAUUCUUUCUCGGGUCGGGUCGAAGUCCCUGCGUCUUCCUGUCAUUCGCACUUUGCCUAGGUCAGGCGGCUCAUGUGGGCAGGCCCAUAAGACGACGUGCCAUCGGCAGGAAGCAUAUGCAACUCUUUAGCGCGAUGCAUCUUGAAUCAAUUUUUUUAGUACCACCUCGGAUAAGUACGGAACAAAAUAAUUUUAUAUGGUGAACGGAUGAAAAAAUUGGUGAAACGCACCUUGCUUUAUUAGUCCUAGCACAAAUGUCUAUGCGUUGCAACGGGAGGCUACAAAAUUUAUCUUCAAGCAUGCAAGCGGCAACCCCAAGAGCCUCCAGCACCUUGAUCGCAGUGGACUGGCUUUGGAAUUUCGCGCAUCCACGUGUAGUGGGUCAUCGGCGGCUAAAUCUCUACUGUAAAAUUU